GCGGGAGGCGGGCGGACGGGCUCCGGCAGUCGAGCGGCGCCCGCGGGCGAGCUGGGAAGGCGGCGGGAACCCAAAGUUGCCUCCUCGCGGGACCGCGUCCUCGGUGGGGCGGGAGCCAGGGCCACCGAAGCGGCGGCCGUGGACACCGACUCCUUCGGUACCUGGGCAGCGGCCCCGCACGAGCGGCAGCAGCGUGGGCGGCGUUGGCGGCGGCGCGCGGGAAGCGAACCGGAGCUCCGGCGCGGCGCGGCGGCCGCUGGGGAACUCGGCUCAGGUGCGCGGCGAGAGGGGGCGCGGACCGGGGCCGGGGCCGGGGCCAGGCUGCGGGGACCAGGGCCGCGCGCAGAGCUCGCGCUAGCUGGAGGACCUCCACCGCGGGCGCCCAGGUCCCCAGUACGGCUGCUAGUCCAGGCGGCAGCUGCGCCGGGGUCCCCCGCCCCUGAGAGCUGGCUGCGGGGCUCAGACCCGCCCCCCGCCGCCCCUGGCGGGACCGCUCCGCCCUCGGCCUGCCAGCGCCCGCCCUCGACCCAUGAUUUCUAGGGCAUUGGCCGCGCCGCUGGGUGAUCCCUCCGGGCUCAAGUUGCAAGGGGGCGGGCCUGGGCCGGAGGUGGAGUCUCCCGCCAAUUGAAGCCUCGGCUAUAAAUUGAGCUCCCUGCACGGCGAAGCCCAGAUGCCUCGCCAGGCCGCCUCGCGGUUGGUGGUCGAAGGUGAGGGGUCCCAGGGGGCCUCGGGGCCCACAGCCACCAUGCUCCGCUCCCUGCUGCUUCACUCCCUGAGGCUCUGUGCCCAGACCGCCUCGUGCCUCGUGCUCUUCCCGCGCUUCCUAGGCACGGCCUUCAUGCUCUGGCUCCUCGACUUCCUGUGCAUCCGCAAGCAUUUCCUGGGCCGCCGCCGCCAACCGGAGCCAGAAGUGGAGCUCAAUAGUGAGGGCGAGGAGGUGCCCCCCGACGACCCACCCAUCUGCGUGUCAGACGACAACCGUCUGUGCACCCUGGCGUCGCUCAAAGCCGUGUGGCAUGGCCAGAAGUUGGAUUUCUUCAAGCAGGCACACGAGGGCGGCCCGGCGCCCAACUCCGAGGUUGUCUUGCCCGAGGGCUUCCGGAGCCAGCGCAUCCUAGACUACGCCCAAGGGAACCGCCCACUGGUGCUCAAUUUCGGCAGCUGCACCUGACCUCCGUUCAUGGCGCGCAUGAGCGCCUUUCAGCGUCUGGUCACCAAGUACCAGCACGACGUCGACUUCCUCAUCAUCUACAUUGAGGAAGCACACCCCUCCGACGGCUGGGUCACCACGGACUCCCCCUACAUCAUUCCCCAACACCGGAGCCUGGAGGACCGAGUCAGCGCAGCAAGGGUGCUGCAGCAAGGUGCGCCAGGCUGCGCACUUGUCCUGGACACCAUGGCCAAUUCCAGCAGCUCAGCCUACGGUGCCUAUUUCGAGCGCCUCUACGUCAUCCAGAGUGGCACCAUCAUGUACCAGGGCGGCCGUGGCCCAGACGGCUACCAGGUCUCAGAGUUGCGCUCUUGGCUGGAGCGCUAUGAUGAGCAGCUGCAUGGCGCUCGGGCCCGUCGGUUGUAAGCAGUCAACCGUCAACUGACUGAACUUGGCGAGCUGGGCCUUCGGGCCUUUGAAGCCCGCGUGCAAGCACCCCAAAGGAAGUCAAGCUUGGCGAGGCCCCGAUGGCACAGAUGCGCUGAGCCACGGAUCUUAGGCUGAGCCUGCCUCCCAGAGACUCCGCUUCAGUGACUGACUCUCAUUUAUACCUACCUGGCUCGCUUGAAAUCCUCUUAGCAGCACUGAUGUGGUGCUCACGGCACCGUGUGUGCCCCCAGGACUUGCCCCUACAGCACUUUUUCACACCUGCUUCCCAGCGCGCCUUCAACCAAGCACCGCAGCGCUUCAGAGCGCAGAGACCUUGGCCACGCCCCGCGCUGAGCGCAGCUGGGUUCCACCAGCGCUCUAGGCUCGCGCUAGUUGCCUGGCACCCACCUGUCGCGCGCAGGAAGCCCUGCUGCUUUCGUGUUUACUUCU